AUGUGGCCCAUGCAGUGGCAAGAAAGGGGGGAGAGUUGUAAGGCCUAGCUGCAAUUUUCGUUUUGAGACUGAUGAACGCUUCUUCAAUGAUACUUGGAUUGGAUGUACACCACCACCAGAUCUGAUCCUCAUCCAGUAAGUGGUGAUGGAUGAUUUCCAGAAAUGGAUUAUUGUUGUUUUCCUAAUUUUCAGUUUGCAUGUUUGUGCCAUGGCUGCCGAUGAUUUUGAUAUCAAUUUUGAAUGGCAUGAAUGCGGAAGGAGUGGGACUUACAGUGCAGGCAGCACAUACGGCAACAACCUUAAUACACUAGUCUCAUCCCUCUCAGACAAACUAAAUAACUAUGGAUUCUAUAAUGGUUCCAUUGGGCAAGACUCAGAUAGGGCUAGCGCUAUUGCGCUGUGCAGAGGGGAUGCCGACAUUAAUCUAUGUCGUAGCUGUGUUAGUGAGACUGCUCGGAGGAUUAUAGGUUGGUGUCCUACUCAGAAGGAGGCAUUCGGAUGGUACAACAUCUGCAGUAUAUAUUACUCAGAUAAAUCCAUCAUAGGUGGUUCUUGGCAAACCACUCCUGUAAAAGAACAAAAUAAUGACUGGAUAAUUGGUGAGAUUAACGCUGUUGAGUUCAAUGAAGAUUUGACAAGGCUGGUAAACAGGCUAAGAGGAAGAGCCGCAAAUGGCGAUCAAUUCCUCAAGUAUGCAGCUGAUAGUACACCCAUACCAGAGUCCGAUACCAUAUAUGCGUAUAUGCAGUGCACCCCUGAUUUAUCUGUUCAAGAUUGCACUGAUUGUCUAAACAAUGCCACCAAUGAAUGGAAUAACUCGGAGGGUAACAGCAGGAAAGGGGCACGAGUACUACGUCCCAACUGCAUUUUUCGCUAUAAGAAUAGCAGUUUCUUCAGUAACACGCUCAUAAAUCAAUCUGUUUCAACACCUCCACCAACACCACCACCGCCACCACCAGGGCCAGAUGGUAAUAAUAAAACAGUCAUCACUAUUGUUGUUUGCACUGCUGCGGGUCUUAUCGGGGUUGCUAUAUGCAUUUUUAUCAUCUAUAGAGAAUUGCAGAAAAGGAAGGCCAAUAGCUUUGUGAAGAAUUGUUCUUGGUUUCUAUGUGAAGCUCUGGAAGAAACUAGCUCUCCUGAUGAAAUUAGUACUGUGGAGUCGUCCUUGAAAUAUGAUUUGAUUACGCUACAAAAUGCAACAAAUAACUUCUCUGAAGAAAAUAAGUUAGGGGAGGGAGGAUUUGGGCCCGUAUACAAGGGUAAACUUGAAAACGGACUAGAAAUUGCUGUGAAGAGGUUAUCUGAAAAUUCAAGGCAAGGUAAUCUAGAAUUUAAAAAUGAGGUGACUUUAAUGACUAAGCUUCAACACAGGAAUUUGGUGAGGCUGCUUGGUUAUUGCCAUGAAGAAAGAGAAAUGAUUCUUAUUUAUGAAUUUGUUCCUAAUAGCGACCUUGACAAUAUUUUAUUUGAUCCUAUAAAACGUGGAUACUUGGAUUGGGGGAAACGCUACAAGAUCAUAACAAGAAUUGCUAGAGGACUUGUCUAUUUGCACGAAGAUUCUCGUCUUUGCAUUGUUCAUUGUGAUCUCAAAGCUAGUAACAUACUACUAGAUAAAGAUUUGAAUCCAAAGAUUGCUGACUUUGGCACAGCUAGGCUGUUUACUUUAGAUGAAACUCAAGACUCUACAAGCAGAAUCGUUGGUACCUAUGGAUAUAUGGCACCGGAGUAUGUACGCCAAGGCCUAUUUUCUGUUAAAUCAGACGUAUAUAGUUUUGGAGUGUUAGUCUUGGAAAUUAUAAGUGGAGAGAAGAAUACUCGUUUUCAAAAUGAAGAAUCUAUGACAGACCUUCUGAGCUAUGCUUGGACUCAUUGGAAAGGCGGAUCUGCUUCAAAUGUGAUAGAUCCAAUGCUGAGAGGUACAUCAAGUCCAGUGCAUGAGAUAACAAAAUGCAUCCACAUUGCGUUGCUUUGCGUUCAAGAAAAUGUUACAGACAGACCAACAAUGGGUGAAGUUCUUCAAAUGCUAAGUAACUUAACCAUGAGCCUUCCAAUACCUAUAGCCCCAGGAUUUUUUAUCCAUAGCAACAUUAAUUCAGAGGCGUCGAACCAGUCUACCAGAAACGAGAUGUCAAUUAGUGAGCAGUUUCCCAGGUAGCAUCCAAAGUCAUACCAAAUUCAUCAACAAUUCAAGCACAUCAUGUGCUUGCUCAUUGCUAUUGCUUUUAGUUCUGUAUUGUUUUUGUGAUUGUGAUAAUAUUUGUCUGAGAGUUUGUUCUUCAUUAUUGGACGAGUGUUAUGCACAGAGUAAGAAAAGAGAGGGAAAUGGAUGCAUUCUGAAUAUUAUGGUGAAGUCUGUUGUAUUACAGAGAGGUUGACAAACUUUAUAUACAGGAGGGAAAAAAAGAAAUUAGUUACAACUGAUUAACAUAUAAUGAAUUUAAUUUGUUUC